UUGGUUCCUGGAAUUGAACUGCAGAUAGCCCGACCCGACCGCAUAUAAAGCCUGCUACUCGCUCGCCCAUUCUUUAAUAUUCCGGCCGCCUGUUAGAGAGUAUCGCGCCAAAGGCCCCGCCGCCGUUUGGAUCGUGCGUCGCCUCAUCGAGAUACCUAUUGAAGCGUUAACGAGAUCAAUGAAGAGGAAGUCGCCAGAAAGGCCGUACGAGGAAUCUAGUCCUCUUUCAAAGCAGCAGAAGGAGAAUGGUUCAGUUGCUGUAGAUGAGCCUGUAGCAUGCGUGCACGAUGUAUCAUACCCCGAGGGAUACGUCCCUCGUCCAAAUACCGCACUGGCCGAAGAAGGUUCAAAACCGGCAAAGGAAUUCCCCUUUACGCUCGACCCUUUUCAGUCUGAAGCAAUCAAAUGCCUCGAUAGUGGUGAAUCGGUCAUGGUAUCAGCUCAUACAUCAGCAGGGAAAACUGUUGUUGCACUGUAUGCCAUUGCUAUGUCUUUGCUGAACAAACAAAGGGUAAUCUAUACUUCACCAAUUAAAGCACUUAGCAACCAGAAAUAUAGGGAGUUUAAAGAAGAGUUUUCAGACGUGGGUUUGAUGACUGGGGAUGUGACCAUUGAGCCAAAUGCAUCUUGCUUGGUGAUGACCACAGAAAUCUGGCGUAGUAUGCAGUAUAAAGGAUCAGAGAUUUUACGUGAGGUGGCUUGGGUUAUUUUUGAUGAAGUACACUACAUGCGUGACAGGGAAAGAGGUGUGGUUUGGGAAGAGAGUAUUGUCAUGGCACCAAAGAACUCUCGAUUUGUGUUUCUCUCAGCUACGGUGCCUAAUGCAAAAGAGUUUGCCGAUUGGGUUGCAAAGGUUCAUCGGCAACCAUGUCAUAUUGUUUAUACUGAUUAUCGACCAACACCGCUUCAGCAUUAUAUGUUUCCCACUGGAGGCAAAGGCCUCUACUUGGUGGUAGAUGAAAAAGGAAAAUUUCGUGAGGAUAGCUUUCAGAAAGCUCUAAACGCUCUUGUUCCUGCUACUGAUGGUGACAAGAAAAGGGAGAAUGGUAAAUGGCAAAAGGGUUUGGUGGUUGGUAAGGCUGGUGAAGAGACUGACAUUUUCAAGAUGGUGAAAAUGAUUAUUCAACGUCAAUAUGAUCCUGUGAUACUUUUCAGCUUUAGCAAAAGGGAAUGUGAAUUUCUUGCAAUGCAGAUGGCAAAAAUGGAUCUUAAUGAGGAUGAUGAGAAAGCAAAUAUAGAAAAUAUCUUUUGGAGUGCUAUGGACAUGUUAUCAGAUGACGAUAAGAAGUUACCCCAGGUUUCGAAUAUGCUGCCACUGUUAAAACGUGGAAUAGGUGUGCAUCAUUCUGGCUUGCUUCCCAUACUGAAGGAAGUUAUUGAGAUUCUAUUUCAAGAAGGGCUUAUCAAGUGUUUGUUUGCCACAGAGACUUUUAGUAUAGGUCUGAACAUGCCUGCAAGAACAGUCGUCUUCACAAAUGUUCGCAAGUUUGAUGGAGAUAAGUUUAGAUGGAUAUCAAGCGGAGAGUAUAUACAAAUGAGUGGGCGUGCUGGUCGUCGAGGUAUUGAUAAACGCGGAAUAUGCAUCCUCAUGGUGGAUGAAAAGCUGGAACCUGCUACUGCUAAAAUCAUGUUAAAAGGAAGUGCUGAUAGUUUGAACAGUGCUUUCCAUUUAAGCUACAACAUGCUUUUGAAUCAAAUGCGGUGUGAAGACGGUGAUCCUGAAAACUUGCUUCGUAAUUCAUUCUAUCAAUUUCAGGCUGACCGUGCAAUCCCUGACCUUGAGAAACAAGCAAAAGACCUUGAAAAGGAGAGGGAUUCAAUUGUAAUAGAAGAAGAAGAUAGCUUGGAGAAUUUUUACUCUCUGCUUGAGCAAUGCAAAGGCUUGAAAAAGGAUGUUCGUGACAUUGUUUUUGCUCCAAGAUACUGCUUGCCUUUUUUGCAGCCUGGAAGGCUUGUGUCCAUCCAGUGUACAAAAACUGAAGAAACUUCCCCAUCUUUUUCUAUUGAAGACAAAGUUACAUGGGGAGUUAUAAUCAAUUUUGAAAGGGUGAAAGGUCUUUCUGAAGAUGACAGAAAUAGAAAACCAGAGGAUGCUGAUUACAUAGUGGACGUGCUUACAAGAUGUGCAGUGUUUAGGGAUGAAGAUGGAAAAAAGACUGUUAAGAUUAUUCCACUGAAGGAGCCUGGAGAACCUGUCGUUGUUUCUGUUUCUACCUCUCAGAUCAAUAGCUUGAGUAGUGUCCGUCUAAUCAUACCAAAGGAUCUUUUGCCACUGGAGGCUCGGGAAAAUACCCUAAAGAAGGUGUUAGAAGUUCUUUCUAGAUUUGCUAAAGAAGGAAUGCCCUUGCUGGACCCUGAAGAAGACAUGAAAGUUCAAAGCAGCUCAUACAGAAAGGCUGUUCGAAGGAUAGAGGCUUUAGAGAGCCUGUUUGAAAAGCAUGAAGUUGCAAAGUCUCCUCUUAUUGAGCAAAAACUGAAAGUUCUACACAUGAAGAAAGAGCUUACAGCCAAAAUUAAAUCAAUUAAGAGAACAAUGCGGUCUUCCACAGCAUUGGCUUUCAAAGAUGAACUUAAAGCAAGAAAAAGAGUUCUUAGGAGACUUGGAUAUGUUACGAGUGAUGAUGUUGUGGAGUUAAAGGGAAAGGUUGCUUGUGAAAUCAGUAGUGCAGAUGAGUUGACCUUGGCAGAACUCAUGUUUAAUGGGGUUUUGAAGGAUGUAAGGGUAGAAGAGAUGGUGUCUCUUCUUUCUUGCUUCGUCUGGCAAGAAAAGCUCCAGGAUGCUCAAAAGCCUAGGGACGAACUUGAAUUGCUCUUUUCACAACUACAAGAUACAGCUCGAAGGGUUGCCAAAGUUCAGCUUGAGUGCAAGGUCCAAAUUGAUGUGGAGAAAUUCGUGAGUUCUUUCCGGCCUGAUAUAAUGGAAGCCGUGUAUGCUUGGGCAAAAGGUUCGAAAUUCUAUGAGAUUAUGGAGAUCACUCCAGUCUUUGAAGGCAGCUUGAUCAGGGCUAUCAGGAGACUGGAGGAAGUUCUACAGCAGCUAAUACAAGCAGCAAAAUCCAUUGGAGAAACUGAGCUUGGAGCAAAAUUUGAAGAUGCUGUUUCUAAAAUUAAGAGGGACAUUGUCUUUGCAGCAUCUCUCUACCUGUGAUUAUGGCAAGAAAGAAUCCUCAAUUGUUCUGCCAUUUACUGGGUGUUCACGAGGGGGGCCACUGCAUUCGGAUCUAAUUAUUAGCAUCAGUAAAAGACGAGAAAAAAUCCAAAUUAUAUGAAGAUGUCGUGGAAUGUUACUGCUUGGUCUUUGAAGAUGUCUGCACUCACUUUGAUAACAAGGGAAGGGGUUGCCUUCAAAUGGGAUAAGGAUCCUCUUGAUAAUGUCUGUUCUGUGCAGGCAAAGGAGAUGGCCAGAGAAUUAACUUAGGGACUGUAGCAAUUAAAUACAGAUGAAGGUUGUAUAGCUAACCAUAUCCAUGUUGCUGGCACACUUGCAGGUUGCAGUAAUAUGUUAUGUUGCCUACAAAAUUCACCUCAAGCUUCCUAUUGUUUUGCUACCCUUACAACUCCACAAAUAACAUUCUCUUUUUCCCUUGUUUUUUAGCUUGCCAAAUACUUUAUACGGAUGUAUUGUAUGUUACUAUCAUAAGGAACUUUUCUA